AUGCUCUCCGGAGUUAAGCUCGUCCCGCGCGAGCAGAUCGUUUCCGGCCGGAAGGGCGGCUCCGAUUCCGACUCCUCCGACGGCAAGAGGCGGGAGAAGCGGAGUAAAAGGGAGCGGGACAAGAAGAAAGACAGGCGGAGGAGCCGGCGGCGCCGAAGGUACAGUUCGGAAGAGGAGUCGGGGUCGGACACCGACGAUUCCAUCGGCGAGGAGGAGGAGGAGGAGGUCAGCCGGAGCAAGCGCCGGGGGAAGCACCGGAAGCGGCGCCACAACUUCUCUGACGACGACUCCGAAUCCAGCGAAUCUGACAGGGGGAGAGCAAGGGGCAAGGGGAAGCAGAGUGGCGAUGAUGAGGAUGAGGAGGAGGAUACUGGUGGUGAGGGGUUGAGGGCAAGCGAAGUGGUCAGGAGGGAGAUGGGGCUUGAAUGGAUGCUCAAGUCGGCAAGCAGCAGCCGAACUGAGGGCAGCAGCGUUCGUAAGGCUGAUAAUGAUGAGAAGGAUGAGGCUGCACAUGAAGAGAUUGCCAGGCCAAACCCUAAGGAACUUAAUCCAUAUCUGAAAGAUAACGGACCUGGAUACCCAGAAGAAUCUACCCCACCAAAUGCAGGCAAUCAGUUGCUUGCGUCCUCUGUUGUGGGUGAUGGCGGUGCUAGUUGGAGGCUUAAGGCUUUGAAGCGUGCGAAGGAGCAAGCUGCUCGUGAAGGACGAAAGCUCGACGAGGUUGUUGAAGAGAGAUGGGGCUCGUUAGGCAACUUAGCUGUGUCAGUAUCAUCAUCAUCAUCUAGAGCUGCCCAUUCGCAUGCUCACUUGCAUGCCAUUAGAGGCAGAAAAUCUGUAAAUGCUGACAACUCAGAAGAGCGUGCCAAAGGAAAUCCAGAGGGUCGUCAAGCUGGUGAUAGUGGCAGGCGUGAGUAUCUACGCGAUGUUUCUUCUCAGCAUCAUUCCAUGAGAAAACCCAAGCCGGAUUUUGUACCAUGGAAAAGGAGAAGACACAAUAUAUCUUCAGAGGAUCAGGAACUCAUCUCUUCAGCAGUAGCAAGCUUAAAUAAGUUCUCUGAUGAUGGAAGCUUUAUGGAAAAGAUUAGUGAUCUUAACAAGAACAAAAAUGACUCAACUGCUGGUGCUUGUGCUGAUGAGCAGAGGGACAGAGAACAGAAGCAUUUUAAGGAGAGCUCAGAGAAAGCACCAUUAAUGGGCACUCAGAAACUAAAUGCAAACCAGUUGGCUGCAAAGAUUCUGCAGCUCCGACUGAAAGGCAAGAAUGAAGAAGCUGAGCAACUUUCGAGAGAAAUGGAGGCUUUGUUGGAGAAUCAGGAUACUGUCCCUGAGGAACCUUGUCAUGGAAAAGGAAGGAGCUCAAUCAGGGAUACAUUGAAGCCUAGUGCAGCUGAUCGCAGGAGAAGAGAAGAGAAUGCUGACCUGCAUUUAGCUAAUAAGAUUAUGCACAAUAAGCAGUACAGUAUGUCUAAAAGUAUAGAGGAUGAAUAUGAUUUUGGUGAUGCUCCUAGUAAAAAGGGCAAAAGAAAGAAUAAAGAGGCACAUGAGGAGAGGAGAAGCACUAAUAGGCAAAUGUUGACUCAGAAGGAGCGAUGUUUGUAUUGCUUUGAGAACCCAUCCAGGCCAAAACAUCUAGUUGUUGCCAUUGGAAACUUCACUUACUUGAUGCUACCUCAGUUUGAGCCUGUUGUCCCUGGGCAUUGUAUUCUUCUCCCAUUACAGCAUGAGUCUGCAACAAGAACCGUUGAUCAGAAUGUUUGGGGGGAGAUUCGCAACUUCAAGAAGUGCCUGCUGAAGAUGUUCGCGCAGCAGGACAAGGAUGUAGUGUUUAUGGAGACUGUCAUAAGCCUGGCCAGACAAAGGAGACAUUGCAUGAUUGAGUGUAUCCCUGUCCCUUGUGAUGUUUCAAGCAACGCCCCAAUGUACUUCAAAAAGGCAAUUGAUGAAGCUGAAGAAGAAUGGACCCAGCAUGAGAUGAAGAAGGUUAUCCCGACAAGCGCAAGCCGCAACUUAAGGCAAGCCAUCCCGGAGAACUUUGCCUACUUCCAUGUGGAGUUUGGACUGGACCGUGGGUUUGUACAUGUAAUAGAUGAUGAAAGCAAGUUCAGCGCUGGAUUUGGAUUGAAUGUCAUCAGAGGGAUGCUCCAGUUGCCAGAGGAGGACAUGCACCGUCGCCGAAGGCAUGAGUCCAUGGAUAACCAGAAGCAAGCUGUUGCUAGCUUCAUGAAGGACUGGGAGCCCUUCGAUUGGACGAAGCAGCUUGAUUAGAUGUGAAUAAAGGCCUUUUUUUAAGAGAACUCCCAAAGAAAAGUUUUGCACGAUUUGCAAUGACAAUUUUGUAGUAAAGCUGUACUGAUGUUAUCUAUAAUGCUGUACUUUGUCUCAGAAUAUAUCUGUUCCUUUGUUCCCAGACGGUAACCAACACAAUUUCUUACUGUAACAUGGUAUUGAUGUGGAUUGGAAGCGUCUUGUGGUGAUUUUAAUGUUUGCUCAGUCAAUAUUAUUUAAAAUGGCA